AUGUCCGCACCCAGACUCAUCAACCGCUUCAUGCGGCCAUCGACCUCGCCAAUCUCUCUCACGACAACUUUUGCUCGCCGCUCCUUCGGCAGCUCGGUUGUUCGUCAAAACAGCGUGAACAACAAUGAUCGCGCCCCAUCCACGGCCCCCGAGCAUCGCAAGAACCAGACAAACAAGCCCCCUAAUCCUCAUGUGCCCAACACGACCUCCACCAUGACCAAGGACUUCCCCAAGGUCGGUGAGAAGCCGGCUCCCCCGGAGAUGUUGAACUCGGUCGACCCCAACUACCGGCCGGCGGAUCCGUACCCCGGAAGAGUUGAGCAUUUCACUGGAGGUCGCCAGGAGACGGGGGCUCAGAAGCCUGAACUUGGUGUUGGAGAGAUGGAGGGCAUUACCUUCAAGGUUGAGCCGCUGCGCCGGGAGGGCGAGGAUGUUACUACUAUGAGGGCUCGGUUGUUGUAUCAGAGCCGCAAGCGCGGAAUCCUCGAGUCUGAUCUCCUAUUGUCUACGUUCGCCGAUGUUUAUCUGGCCGAUAUGAACAAGGAGCAGUUGCAGGAGUAUGACCGGUUCUUGGAUGAGAAUGACUGGGAUAUUUACUACUGGGCCACCCAGGACCCUCCGGCUGAGGGGACUGAGGCUGCUGUUUCCACUGAAGCAGGCGCUCAGGAUACUCCCACGGAGACGUGGAAGCGUACUGGAGCCAAGAGCGGCGAGUGGGCGCAGACGGUUGGUGCUUUCAAGGCUGCAUACCGGCCCGUUCCGUCACGAUGGGCCGACUCCAAUGUGCUGAGACUCCUGCGUCAACAUGUUCGGGAUAACAGUGCCACGGGCUUCCAUGCUGCGAAGACCAAGAAGACUGGUGGACCUGGACUGGGACGUAUGCCCAAUGUGCAGGUGUUCAACAACUGA